GUCUCUGAACUCUUUUCGCUCGUUCGCUUCCUCCGCCUCGACCCGUACGCCUUCUACUUCGAUCGCACAGGGCAGUGCAAGUCGCUCAACUGGGACAUGGGGCCGACCGGAAAGAUUUGCGCGCAAUGCGGCAAGCACAGGAUAAGUCACUUCUGCUGGUGGAACAAGCACAUCAUGAAUCCCAUCUCCUCCUAUGGGUACCAGGGGAAGGGGCGGACAGCGAUGAUGAGGCUGAAGCAUGAGGUA